AUGGCUGACUCCGGUGAUACCUAUCGCCCUCGUGAGAGAUCGCGCUCUCCCAGACGUGGACGUUCCCGCAGUCCGAACAACGGUACCCGUCGGUCAUAUUCGCCCCGUGACCGCUCACGGAGUCGUCAUCGGAGAAGAAGCCGUUCGCCCAUGACUGGACAGGGCGCAUCCGCUGGAGGAUCAGGACAAGGAUACAACAAUAACGGAGCUCCUCAUAGAUCGUUCGAAGAUCGUGCCGUUCACCGCGAAAACGUCAUGAAUAACAUUCGAGAGUCGUCGCAGCAGGACCGCCGCGUCUAUGUCGGCAACCUGUCUUACGACGUCAAGUGGCACCACCUCAAGGAUUUUAUGAGGCAGGCCGGUGAGGUUCUCUAUGCCGACGUAUUGCUUCUUCCCAAUGGAAUGUCGAAGGGAUGCGGAAUUGUGGAAUACGCCACUAGGGAGCAGGCUCAGAAUGCCGUUGCGACGCUCAGCAAUCAGAACCUAAUGGGGAGACUGGUGUAUGAUCGUGAGGCCGAACCUCGCUUCGGUCCUCCUGGAGGAGGUGCCCGCGGUGGUUUCGGUGGCCCUGUUGGCCCUGGCGGUGGUGCUCCGUACGGAGGAGGAUUUAACCCCGGCAUGGGAGGUGGAGCUCCAGGAGGCGGGGCCCCAGGUGGUGCUCGUCAAAUCUUCGUGUCCAACCUGCCGUUCAACAUUGGUUGGCAAGACCUGAAGGAUCUGUUCCGGCAGUCCGCACGAACUGGUGGGGUUAUUCGCGCCGAUGUUCAUCUCGGCCCCGACGGUCGCCCCAAGGGUUCUGGUAUCGUUGUAUUCGAGUCCCCCGACGAUGCGAGAAACGCUAUUCAGCAAUUCAACGGCUAUGACUGGCAAGGUCGCGUAAUUGAGGUUAGGGAGGACCGUUUCGCCAAUGCUGGUAUGGGUGCUGGCGGUUACGGUGGCCGCGGUGGCUUCGGCGGUCGCGGUGGCUUCGGCGGUGGCUUCGGCGGCCGUGGAGGCUUCGGCGGUCGCGGUGGUUUCGGCGGCGGCGGUUAUGGUCGUGGAGGCUAUGGCGGCGGUCCUGGUGGUGGUCCUGGCGGCCCCAGCUUCGGUGGUCCUCCAGGCGGCGAUGCCUCUGUCCCUCCGAACCCUUUUACUGACAAUGCCACCGCCGGCACUGAGAAGAACGAGAUUAUCUACGUUCGCAACCUUCCUUGGUCUACGAGCAAUGACGAUCUCGUUGAGUUGUUCUCGACUAUCGGCAAGGUCGAGCAGGCCGAGAUCCAGUACGAGCCUAGUGGCCGCUCGCGUGGCAGCGGUGUUGUUCGCUUCGACAAUGCCGACACCGCCGAAACCGCCAUCAACAAGUUUCAAGGAUAUCAGUACGGCGGCCGGCCUCUGGGUCUGAGCUACGUCAAGUACUUGAACCAGGGUGGUGGUGACGCCAUGGACACCGACCAUGGUGGAUUGACUCAGGACCAGAUCAUGUAA